GCUGAGGUAGGGUGUCGAAACGUUGCAGAAGUUUAUUGAUAGAAAGAAAAUUCGCUAUAAAUAGCAUACAUCAUUAUCUAUUACAAUCUUGUACCUGAUAACUUCGAACUUUUGUUGUUGGUUACAUGAAAAUUCCUCUACGGAAUCCUUUAUUUCACAUUAUUCUAAGGUUGUUUACACUGCGUUCAUCUAGUAGCUUAGUAGGACAUGCGAGGCAAGCAUCUUGUUCAUCUGAAUCCUUGGUUGAAUAGAUAGUCUUAAAAAAACUGACGAGCUUUCAGCUUUUAUCCAUGAUCAAUAUUAUUUUAUUAUAAUGAAAAAAUUACUACAAAAUAUUAUUUAAGUUGAUAAUUUCAUUACAUAUUAUUUAUAAGGUCUCUAAUACUUGAGCCAUGGGACUCGUGUUGAGAAGUACCUUGCAAGUGGGCGCCCGUGUCUCUUCCUCCCGCCAUGUAGUCCGGCGAUGUCACGUCACCGCAACGUCAGCCGGCAGCGCGAGUGCUGAGCCGCAACUGCCACCCUGCGACUACCAGCCUCCUCCUUAUCAGGGUCCACCGAUGUCCGAGCUGCUCCGUAUCCGCAAAGCGCACGUGUCGCCCGCGCUGUUCACGCUGUAUAGCUCGCCGCUGCUGCUGCAUGCGGGGCACCGCCAGUAUCUCUUCGACCACCAAGGCAGACGCUAUCUCGAUCUCUUCGCUGGCAUCGUCACCACUGGCCUCGGCCACUGUCACCCGAAAGUGAUCGAAGCUGCGACGCAUCAGAUGAAGACGCUGUGGCACACAAGCAACGUUUACUUCAACCCAACCAUCCAUCAAUACAGUCAAGCGCUCGUCGACACCUUGCCUGGCAACCUUAAGAACGUAUACCUGGUGAACAGCGGGUCGGAGGCUAAUGACCUAGCGCUGCUGAUGGCAAGACUGCACACGGGCAGGUUCGACGUUGUCUCCCUGAGGAACGGCUACCACGGCGCCUCCCCCUAUACCAUGGGCCUCACCGGCUCCAGCAAAUGGAAGUACCAACUACCUAAUGGAUUUGGGAUCCAUCAUGUGACCAAUCCUGACCCAUAUCGGGGACUCUGGGGAGGGUACCGUGACUCACCGGUACAGUCGGUACGCGCCGGAGAAGGCAAGGUUCUGGACGAUGGAGUGACGUGUACCUCGAGCAGCAAGUACCUGGUACAGCUACAGGAACUGCUGGACUACAGUGUACCUCAAGGCAAACCUGCAGCCUUCUUUGCCGAGUCCAUACAGGGCGUGGGCGCAACAGUUCAGUAUCCCUUAGGCUACCUCAAGAAGGCAUUCGAGCUCAUCAGGGACCGAGGAGGACUGUGCGUCUCUGACGAGGUACAAACCGGUUUUGGCCGUACCGGAGAGCACUUCUGGGGGUUCGAAGGGCACGGUGUUGUACCAGACAUCGUGACUAUGGCCAAGGGUAUCGGCAACGGCUACCCGCUAGCGGCCGUUGUCACUACGCCGGAAAUUGCAAGCACCUUAUCUAAGGCCUUGCACUUCAACACCUACGGGGGUAAUGCCUUGGGAUCUGCUGUGGGCCUCGCUGUCUUGAAGACCAUGCUAGAGGAAAAUGUGCAGAAGAGGUCACAUGAAGUCGGAACCAAAUUCUUGCUUGAGCUCGGCAAAUUGAGGGACGAGUUUGGGAGCGUGGGGGACGUGAGGGGGAAGGGGCUCAUGAUUGGGAUGGAGUUGGUGGAGAACCAGAGCACUCAUGAACCCAUGAACCCCAAACGGUUCAUGGAGAUCCUGGAGCACUGCCGGGACAUGGGGCUGUUGCUGGGCAAGGGAGGCUUCCAUGGCAACUCAUUCCGCAUCAAGCCGCCGAUGUGCAUCACCGAAGACGACGUUAAAUUCGCCGUGGCAGUUCUGCGCGUCGCGCUGACCGCGGACAAGCAGCGGCAGCAGCAACAAUAAUCUAAGCAAUAAAAAUAUAACUCAGU